CUAUCCACUAACCUUGUCUGGUAUUCUUGUCGCUGUUCACGGGAAACGUGUUGUGGGUUUCGGUAGAUUGGUAGCUUUAAGUUUCAGUCGUCGUUGGUAUUAUUUCUACUGAAGUCUUUUUGGUUUAAACUGGAGCGUUCAACCUAUAUCUACGCUGUUCUCAAUAAGUCCAUGCCAUUAUAUUGGUUUGUAGCUAUAUCAAUGACAGACUUUGAUUUAGGCCUCAAAUCCGUAUUGGUGAAAUCUUGACUAUUUUAUCUGCAGUGAGGACAGAAUGGACAGUGAGAAAAGAGGAAGAGGAGGACGAAGGGGAAGACAUGGUCAUCGAGGUGGCCAGGACAGAGAUGUGCGUCUGUCUAAGUCUCUGUCCUUCGUUCUGCGCCACGGAGCUGCUCAAAUGGGGUUGGAUAUGAGUUCAGAUGGCUUCCUCUUUGUGGAAGAUCUUCUGUCGCACCCUCAGUUUGGCUCCUUCUCAUUGGAAGAUGUGGAGAGAGUGGUGGCCACCAAUGACAAGCAGCGAUUCAAGCUGUGCACGCAUCCCGAAGAUGGGAGGCUGCAGAUCCGUGCCAACCAAGGGCACACUGUGCAGGUAGCGGAGCUGGAGCUGAGGGCGAUUGGGCCCGAUGACCCAGACUGUCCGAGGGAAGCAGUGCACGGCUCCUACCUCCAGCACUGGCCGGCCAUUCGCGCCCAGGGCCUGAGGAGAAUGAAGCGCAUGCACAUUCACCUGGCUCCCGGGCUGCCUGGUGACGGAGGGGUGAUCAGCGGCAUGAGGAGGAACUGUGACCUGGUUGUUUACAUAGAUCUCCACAAAGCACUGACUGAUGGAAUUCCAUUCUACUGGUCAGAGAACAGGGUGGUGCUGACCCCGGGAGACUCAGACGGCACGCUGGCCCCCAAAUACUUUACCCGCGCCCUCCAGCUGAAACCAUUACGAUGUGAACUUCCACUGGAAUAGAACAACAGAUACGGUUGAGAACUCGCCUGACUACCCCUGCACAGUAUGGACUUGCUUGUGAGAACAGCAAAUGAAAACGGGCAGAUUUCUUCCAAAAAUUCAUAGCGCAGAAGGAAAAUUAUAUGACGCGGGAGCUGAGGACAUCAGCUCACAAAGGGUGAGGCAUAAGCGAGUGCAAGGCUGCCUGUCUAUAUUAGGCUGUGCAUGCUGCUGUUGAGGGCGUCUGCGGUUUCCUGUUCAGUUGCACAGACUAGCAUUGAGAAAGAGGCUUGCACUUGUAUUGUGCCUCAAGAAUUCUACUCAGUGACUGUUGAAGUGCAACCCGCACAAUAGCCACGGAUCCUGAGCACCCAUUACCCACAAUACAGUGUAUUUUGCAGGCGUUCCUUGCAGUUCUUUUUACUUAUAGCCAUCCUCAGCCAAAUACCUCUAUUUAACAGGUUCAGGGAUUUUGGAAAUAUGUACUUUAUAAAAUAUAUGGCACAAAUACAAACAUGCUCAUAUUGUAUGAAGCAUGUAUAAUGCCUUCAAUGAAACGACUUUAUAAAUUAUUCAUGUGCAUACAAGAAUUUUGAUCAGAGGGCUGACCUUAAGUCAAGUAACAUGUGUUUUGUUACAUUUGAGAAUAUAAUACAUAGUGUAAUAUCAUCCAUAAUCCCUGCUUUAUUUAUUUAUGUAGUUAGUUAUGAAAAUGUUAGGUCUUCUUUUCCCAAAAUUUGGAAUAAACAGUCACAAUUAUUGGCCCAUCCGAUUGAUGCAACAUCUCCUGUCAUCGAAGUUUGCACACCAGCACACUCGUCCCUGGAAAUGCGUGCAGCCAUUCAGUGCUUUGUUACACUGCCAGCCACCAGCUGAUUUAUGAUGGUUUUGUGCCAAAAGAGUGCGCAGCUGGUACAGAUAAACUGUAGGAUUCAUUUGAAGAGUUGCUGUUGCAUGAAAUGCCCUCUUCAUUAACUGAAAUCCUAAUUUUGGCUAUGUCUAGCAGCAUAUUUUAAACACAUGCCACACUGCUUUUUCUCGCCUCAGCCUUUGACAGGGUAUUUAUGAUGACACACAAUAGCAAUAUGAGAAAUUCUUGCUCUUUCUCAGAUGCACAGCAAGUGUUUCUGACUCGUUGAUAAUACACCUGGGGUGGUUCAUUGACUGUUAGAAGUAAUUCUGCCUGUUGAUGCACAUUCUUGGUUAUCUGAACUUUUUCUGUUAUAAAAACUACAUAAAAUGAAUGUUAUUAAAUGAAGUGAUCUCAA